AUGAUGAGGCUUUGCUCGGUGCUUCUGCUCUCGCUGGCAAGCUUGGCUUCCUCCCAGACUUGCUGGGGAGGCUAUCCAACCGGUUUGACCGCCACACCCGGAAUGUUGGUGAAGACGAUGGGCAGCGUCGCCGCAUGCACAACCACCACGACAACCACCACGACGACCACCACGACAACCACAACAACUACAACCACAACUACAACCACAACAACGACCACAACAACGACCACAACAACGACCACAACGACCACAACAACGACCACGACCACCACCACAACCACCACGACCACGACGACCACCACAACCACUACGACCACGACGACCACCACCACCACCACGACCACCACGACCACCACUACCACCACCUCAGCCCCGAACUGCGGAGCGGCCGCUUUCGACGGGGCUGGGACCGAGUUCGAUGGCGCUACGGCUGCCUCCGAGUGCACCAACCUUGCUUACGGAUCCACAUGCAAUGUGACUUUCACGGCCCAGACAAGCGGCCUGGGCAAAUGCAUCCCUGCUGGCACAUACAGCUUCUUCUGCCCGCAGGCGGCGGGCUUGUCAACGGACCUCUACGGCCAGGAGGCCUACAUCCAGUGCAAGGUGUGUGGCACGGGCGGCUUCACCGACACGGACGCGACCACGGGCACGUACACGGGCUCGGUGACCUUCGGGCCGAACAUGUUGGAUGGCGUCGUGGACGAGAGCAUGUUGGACUCCUACGCCGUCUUCGGGGUGGACGAUUGCGGUGCCAUCGUGUCGGGGAUGUUGGGAUGGACUUACAAGUCAAGCUCAUCAGAGACUUGCUGCGACUCCACAAAGUACUCCAUCAGCAUCAGCGUCUCAAGCCCCAGCUACAGCAAGAUCAUGGUGGUGCCCGCUUCCGGCCUCCCCACAGCGGGCUCCUUCUUGAAUGACGGCGUGAUCGUUGAUCUCGUGGACCUCACCACCACCACGACCACCACCAACGGGGGGAGCGGCAUAAGUGGUGCCACCUCGACGAAGUUGGCCCCGGCAAUGGCGCUUGGAAUGCUCGCCAGUGUGGCCAGCGUCUCCAACUGA